GCAAUGUAUUUUACAUGCUUGGCACUCAGCAGGGUCUGUUCCUUUAAGACCCUCCAUUUUCUUGAAGCCUAGAGGCGGGCCUUCUCUCUAAAACAUAGGGCUAGCUCCGGCAUGUCUCAUUCAUUCCAGCUCCAGCCACCACAGUGACCAGAUCCACAGGACUUCUUAAAGCUAAUACAGACUGCAAAUCUGAUAAAUACCAAAGCCUUUUUACCGCACUUUCAUUAUAUCUCAGUAAAGAUUACAUCAGUUAAGCAACCAGCGUGUCUUUCCUUGAGAUUCGGUAUAAACUUGAUGUGAAGCUGUGUCCACGAGACAGCGGAGACAUUAUAGUAAAAAGGCUUUUAAAACGUUAUCAGAAGCAGUUAAUCAGCUUUGAAUCGUCCGCAGCAGUAAGACUCAUAAAUCCUGUGCCCUGCAGUCUGUGUCGGAGUAAGGGCGCGAAGCACUAGAAAGUGAAACUAAUUCUCUCACGUGCUAUAUCACCGCUGUGCUGUGUCCAGUCAUCAUCAUUAUCUACGCUGCCAGCUAAAUCAAGAUGCAGAACCCAGAGAACAGCACUCUGACAGUUAACCCUCAAUGCUCCUAUAAAGAGGAAGACACCUUGCCAAGAAGUAGAUCUAGGUGCACAACAUUGUCUAGAGCGUCCAGUCAAACAAAUCUAACUUCGGUUAGCGCCGAUGCAUCAAGAUUUAAACGCCAUAGUUCUAGACACUCAAGCACCACCAGCCUGUCAUCCGCUAGCGCCAUAGCAACUAAGGCAAGAGCGAAAGCAGAGGCAGCUUGUGCAAUGGCGUCCUAUGCAAAGCAGGAAGCUGAAUUGAUGAAAGAACAAGCAAAAAGUGAAUCUGAAGCACUUAGAAGAAAAGCUGAAUUGAUGAAAGAACAAGCAAAAAGUGAAUCUGAAGCACUUAGAAGAAAAGCUGAAGUGCAAGCAUCUUUACACUUACUGCAACAGCAGAAAAACGCUGCAGCAGCCUUAGCCGAGGCAGAAGUUCUCACAAGGGCUGCCGAAGCUCAGUUCGCUGACAUAGAAACCCAGAUGUCACCCCUCAGCGCAAGCCAACGUACCCGUGAGUACAUACAGUCACAAGCAACCAUGUACACUGACCAGGAGUUCAAUGACACAUCAAGGCCAUCAUUGACUCCACCAGCAAGAAGCAACUUUGAUACUAUGCAACACUGCAAGACUGAAUUAGAACCUCAGGGUAGGAAGUCAAGUGGUCGCAUGCUCAGAGACCAAUCUGCCAACCUGACAAGAGUGCAAACGGAUGCUGAUGUACUCCCUCCUCAAGCAAAUACAAGUCUGGAUUAUAGCAGAAAGACUUACAACAGAGGAGAACAAAGCAGACUUAGUCAAGUACCUCAUCAGCCUUACCAGUCGCAGCCAUACCCUGAGUUUACACCCAGGAAGUAUUCACCAGAUGCAGCAAGAGCUACAGAGGUAGCAAGAUUCCUGAUGCGCCGUGAGAUAGUGAGCGCUGGUCUCAUGAAAUUUGACGACCGUCCAGAAAACUACUGGGCCUGGAAGUCAUCUUUCCUAAGCGGUACCCAAGACUUAGAUCUGACAGACAGAGAAAAGCUUGAUCUGCUCGUCAAAUGGCUAGGACCAGAGUCCACUGAGCAAGCCCAAAGAAUCAGAUCAGUACAUGUUCAUGAUGCAGCAGCAGGACUUGCAAUGGUGUGGAGGAGACUAGAACACUGCUAUGGGUCACCUGAAGUGAUUGAAGAUGCUCUUCUGAAGAGGAUAGAAAACUAUCCAAGAAUGACAAACAAAGACAAUCAAAAGCUGAGAGGGUUUGGGGACCUACUCUUAGAAAUAGAAGCCGCUAAGUCUAGUGGAUAUCUGCCAGGUCUCUCAUACUUAGAUACAGCACGUGGAGUUGAUCCCAUAAUCGAGAAACUUCCUUUCAACUUGCAGGAAAGGUGGGUCACUCAAGCAUCAAGAUACAAGAAAGAACAUCGAGUCGCAUUUCCAUCAUUUGCCUUCCUUGCUGAAUUCAUCGUAGACCAAGCUGAAACACGCAAUGAUCCAAGCUUUGCUUUCCUGAACAAGAGAACUGCAAGCUCCCCAAAGGUAGAGCAAAAACAUCCAACGCCUUACAAAGAACGCAGAGCAACAGUUUCUGUACGGAAGACAGAAGUCUCGCCUGAGUCUGCAGUCAAUCAGGAAGACAGCGCAAGUAAGAAAGUUGAGGAGCCAGACAAAAUAUGUCUCAUCCACAACAAGCCUCAUCCACUAAGAAAAUGUCGCAGUUUCAGAAGUAAGACGUUAGAAGAGCGCAAAGCUUACCUUAAAGACAAUCACAUUUGUUUCAGAUGUUGCGCUUCAAUUCAGCAUCUUGCAAAAGACUGUACAAAAACAAUAAAAUGCACAGAGUGCAACAGUGACAAACACCUGUCAGCACUGCACCCAGGACCACCACCAUGUAAACAAGAAGUUCCAGCAACUCAAGAAGAUCAUGGUGGGGAGCAAGGCGAGAGUACAACGCCAGCAGUAACCUCAAAGUGUACUGAGAUCUGUACAGAGCAGGGCCGCCCCAGAUCAUGUUCCAAGAUAUGCUUAGUCAAGGUGUAUCCUGCAGGCUUCAGAGAAAAAGCAAUCAAGAUGUACACAGUCUUGGAUGAACAGAGUAACAGAUCUCUGGCAAAAACAGAGUUCUUUGACCUCUUCGGUGACAAAGGAAGUCCAACUCCAUACACCCUGAAGACUUGUUCUGGAGUUGUAGAGACAACAGGGAGAAGAGCAAACAACUACAUCAUUGAGUCAUUAGAUGGAAAGACAAAGGUGACUCUUCCUACCCUGAUAGAAUGUGAUGAGAUACCAGACGACAUGUCAGAGAUCCCCACACCUGAAGUUGCUCGUCAUCACCCCCAUCUGGUGCGAAUAGCAGACCAGAUACCAGCACUAGAUCCAGAUGCUGCAAUCAUCCUUCUACUUGGGAGAGAUAUCCUCAAAGUGCACAAAGUCAGAAAACAGUACAAUGGGCCACACAAUGCACCAUUUGCACAACGCCUUGAUCUCGGAUGGGUCAUCGUUGGAGAAGUAUGUCUAGACGGACUCCACAAACCAGAAAAGGUAAAUGUCUACAGAACACAUCUGUUACAGAAUGGUCGUACAUCUUGUCUUUGCCCAUGUACCAACAGUCUACACAUUAAAGAGAGACUUGUAAACCCAACACAUCAUCGGAGUAUCCAGAGGUGCAUGGAAGACUUAGCCUCAACUGGAGAUACAGAUGAACUGGGCUGUAAGGUGUUUGAAAGAACACGAGAUGACGACAAGCUAGCACCCUCGGUGGAAGAUACUCUCUUCCUUGAGAUUAUGGACAGAGAAGUCUUCAGAGACAAAUCAGGCAGCUGGGUAGCCCCUCUACCCUUCCGGUCACCACGCCAUCGCCUUCCUGAUAACAAAGUACAAGCAGAGAAACGCUUCACCUCGUUACAGCACAUGCUACAAAGAAAGCCAAAUAUGAAGAAACACUUCCAAGCCUUCAUGCAGAAGAUCUUUGAUAACGAUCAAGCUGAAAGGGCACCACCACUACAAGAGAACCAAGAACACUGGUACUUACCAAUAUUUGGGGUGUACCAUCCUCAGAAACCAGGCCAGAUACGCGUAGUAUUUGACUCUAGUGCGAAGCACAAAGGCAUCUCACUAAAUGAUGUCCUUCUCAGCGGACCUGACCUGAACAACACACUCCUUGGAGUACUCAUCAGGCUCAGAAAAGAACUCAUAGCAGUGACAGCAGACGUACAACAGAUGUUCUACUGUUUCCUUGUUCGUGAAGAUCACAGAGACUACUUAAGGUUCCUGUGGUAUGCAGACAAUGACUUUAACAAAGAAAUCACAGAGUACAGGAUGAAGGUACAUGUGUUUGGAAACAGCCCUUCUCCAGCUGUAGCUAUCUACAACCUGAGACAAGCAGCACAGCAAGGUGAAAGACAUGGUCAAGAAGCCACACAGUUCGUCAUGAAGAACUUCUACGUAGAUGAUGGACUUGCUUCUUUCUCCAGCAACGAAGAAAGAAGAGAAAUAUGCAUAUUCUCUGACGCCUCCACUAUGGCUAUCGCAUCUGUCGCCUACCUUAGGGUAAUAGACACUGAGGGACAAAGCCAUGUCGGGUUCAUCAUGGGAAAAUCUAAGCUGGCUCCUAGACCCGCUCACACUGUCCCACGUCUAGAACUUUGUGCUGCUGUCUUAGCUGUAGAGAUGGCAGACAUGAUUACAACAGAACUGGACAUCGAGAUCCAUGCAAUUAACUUUUAUACAGACAAAACCAAAGAAACUACUCAGGUAGAGGCCUUUCAGCUCAUAGAACCAGAUCAAGACAAAGAGGUAAGACCUCAAGUUGCAGCUUGUAGGACUUUAGUUACAAGAGACAGUCUGGGCGCUCAUAGAUUUGAAAGGUUUUCCAGCUGGAAGUCGCUGACCCGUGCAAUCGGAAAACUUAUCUGUCUAGCCAGAUCCUCCUGCAGAGCUACCAAUACUGAUCAGCGUAGCAACGACCACCUUGAACAAGCCAAGCUCACGAUCAUCAGAUGCGUCCAACAGGAAGUCUUCAAAGAAGAAAUCCAAGGCCUUCUGAAAAAGGAAGAGAUUUCUCGACACAAUUCGCUCAAGGACUUGUACACCAAGAAAAGGAAACAAGUUCAAAGUCUUGCGGACAUUUUCUGGAAGAGGUGGAGACAGGACUACCUUGUAAUAUUCCAACCACGCAAGAAAUGGCAAGAUGACAAGCCCAAUUUACAAGUUGGAGACGUUGUUUUACUGAAAGACUCUCAGGCCCACAGGAACGAGUGGCCUAUUGGACUCAUUGAGGCCCACAAAGCAGUCUUUAGAGGUAAUUGUAUUUCUUUGUCUUCUCAUAUCAAACGAGACAUCUUAAGGGAUUACUCAGAUCUUAAGAAAGAAUUAACACAAUUGGAGAGGUUUAUGGCAAAAAAUUCCUCAAUGAGGGUUCUUAAACAAAUAAUUUCGCUAAGAAAUGGCUUGAGGGAUUUGGAGAUUGGGAAAGUGGAAAAGCUGCUAACAUAUACAAAGCACACAUAUCACGCCAAACCCAAGUAA